AUGUACCAUUUGGACCACCACCUACAGCAUGCCCUGCCAAGUAUUGUGCUUUAUGACGAACCAAGCGACGAUGACGAUGAAGAAGAGAAGAAAAAUCUGACCCCCAAUCAGGAUUUCUACCAACGCAUGUCACAAAUAACCCUGGACCGGUUUCUGGUUAAAAGCAGGUGCAUAAAGGGUAUCACUGAGCCAUUGACAUACCGUCAAGAUCUUGCGCUAGAAAUGAAAAACAGACGGAGUAUAAUAUACGAUAAUCUUAGGUCCUCAAUACAAGAAUUCAAUGAAAAAUUGUCUAAAUCCCUUGAAAGUAUGUACUUCACCACUGACCCGAGCAAAUGUCCAAAAACCACUGAAGAGAAAAAAUGCAGGAAAUGUGAGAUGCAUGAAAACCCCGAAAAAACAAAAGACCGAAUAGAAGCAGCAUACAGACAAGCAUUAGAUCUAGGGGUGCAAGCGCUUGUGCAGAAUGCUACCAAAAAACAAUGCAAGCUAGAGGUCAAAGAAGCUAGCAAGGUACAGCGAAAGCUAGAAAGCGUACAACGGCAAAAAAUUUCUGCGUACUACCGGAUGGACAAGGGCGACUGUUUGCGGCGUGGGCUGCUACGCAACAUGAUGGUGAAGAAGGUGAGACAACUAGGCCAAGAAGUGCUGGAAGAAAAAUACAAAAAGUUGGACCGUGCAAGAGAGGCAGAGAAGGAAAAGUUUAGCAAGGCAAAGGAAGCGGAUGAUGAGCUUUAUGAUUUAAGUUGUUAUGGGGGUUUCUAA